CAAACGCAUCGAAGAAACAGCUGAAGAAUUUGUAAAAUUAAAACAAAAACAAACCACUAGUGAAACAAGGUACACGGUGAGCUGCCCGUAACGAUAUUGACGCCUCCUGCGGUUGAGCGGAAAACGGGGCGAAGCGCGUGGUUGCAAUAGCAAUAGCUAGCACCACAGGCGUUGGUAUAUUCACGACAUGUCGUCGACGUCAGCUGCUGCAUCGAACGCAGCACCGGCCAAAGAAGUUCGCUAUGUCACCGAGGUCCCCAGCAGUCUUAAGCAACUGGCACGGCUGGUAGUGCGGGGAUUCUACUCGCUGGAAGAUGCCCUGAUCAUCGACAUGCUGGUGCGGAACCCCUGCAUGAAGGAGGAUGACAUUGGCGAGCUGCUGCGGUUCGAGAAGAAGCAGCUCCGAGCGCGCAUCACCACGCUGCGCACCGACAAAUUCAUCCAGAUCCGGCUGAAAAUGGAGACGGGGCCGGACGGAAAGGCGCAAAAGGUCAACUACUACUUUAUCAACUACAAGACAUUUGUCAACGUUGUUAAGUACAAGCUGGACCUGAUGCGGAAACGUAUGGAGACAGAGGAACGGGAUGCGACCAGCCGGGCCAGCUUCAAGUGCUCGAUGUGCUCGAAGACGUUCACGGAUCUCGAGGCGGACCAGCUGUUCGACAUGGCCACGCUGGAAUUUCGCUGCACGUACUGCGGCAGCUCGGUAGAGGAGGACAGUGCGGCCAUGCCAAAGAAGGACUCGCGCCUGAUGCUGGCCCACUUCAACGAGCAACUGCAGCCACUCUACGAUCUGCUGCGUGAGGUGGAGGGCAUCAAGCUGGCACCGGAAGUCCUCGAACCAGAGCCUGUGGACAUUGACACGAUACGUGGUAUCACGAAACCGAAUGCCCUGCGACCCGACAGCAUGCAGUGGUCCGGCGAAGCGACGAGGAACCAAGGCUUUGCCGUUGAGGAGACGCGUGUCGAUGUGACCAUUGGCGGUGAUGAUACGUCCGACAAUGUCGUUGAGCGCAAGUCGCGACCCAUUUGGAUGACGGAGAGCACUGUGAUAACCGAUGCGGAUGCGGCGGAUGGGGCUCUACAGGAUGUUGGCCCAACGUCAAGCACAUCCGGACACCGGAACAGGAAGGAAAACGAGGAUAUUAUGUCUGUGCUGCUGCAGCAUGAAAAGCAGCCCGGCCAGAAGGAGCCACACAUGAAGGGUAUGCGCGUCAACUCAUCGAAUGCAAACUCGAGCGAUUCCAGUGACGACGAGAAGGACAUUGAUAACGCCAAGAUACCCGAUCUAGACUUCGAAAACUACAGCAACUCGGACUCUGAGGAGGAAGCCGACGAUGUACCUACUGUUUCGGUUGCCGGACGGCCCCAUCCCCUGGAUCAGCUAGAUGACAAGCUGAUAGCCCAAAUGACGCCGCAGGAGAAGGAGAACUAUAUACACGUCUACCAGCAGCACUACAGUCACAUCUACGACUAAGUGCACUUGAAAUGUUUCCCUUCUACCUCUCUGCCCCUAUAUUUUACAAGCAUAGUAUCAUUGUAGCUUUAAGUUCAGUAGUUUCACUAAAAAAUUGUACAAAAUCACCAUAAAUUUGUUUGUAAAUUCCUGAAAUAUACAUAUACCUUGCUAGCAAGAAUUUUGUCUGCUGCAAAGCAGAGAUUGACCU